GUGUUGGGUUUUAUCUGGGUUUCUGAUUUUUCCAACGAGGAAGGAAGAAGAGAAAAGAUUAAAGGGGACAAGCGAAUAACUCUUUUCUCCUUCAAUUUCCAAUGGGUUGUUUCGGAUGCAGUAAGAAAUCGAGCAAACGAUCGGAGACUAACAAAGAGAACAACAAAGAUACUGUGAUUAAUAGAAAAUUCGUCGGUGGUACUACGAGCGUCGUGAAGAGCGAUAAGCGAGACGAUCAGACUCAACCCAGUUCAGAUUCAACAAAAGUCAGUCCAUAUCGAGAUGUUAACAAUGAAGGAGUUGGUAAGGAAGAUCAGUUAUCUCUGGAUGUGAAGGGUUUGAAUUUGAAUGAUCAAGUCACAGGGAAGAAAGCACAGACUUUUACCUUUCAAGAACUUGCAGUAGCUACGGGAAACUUUAGAUCGGAUUGUUUUCUAGGUGAAGGAGGUUUUGGAAAAGUUUUCAAGGGAACUAUAGAGAAAUUGGAUCAGGUUGUUGCGAUCAAGCAACUUGACCGUAAUGGGGUUCAAGGUAUCAGGGAAUUUGUUGUUGAGGUACUGACUCUAAGUCUUGCUGACCAUCCGAAUCUCGUGAAGCUUAUUGGGUUUUGUGCUGAGGGUGAUCAGAGACUAUUGGUCUACGAGUACAUGCCGCAAGGAUCUCUUGAAGAUCAUCUACAUGAUCUCCCUUCUGGUAAAAAACCUCUUGAUUGGAACACCCGGAUGAAAAUAGCAGCUGGUGCAGCAAGAGGUUUAGCGUAUCUGCAUGACAGAAUGACGCCCCCAGUGAUUUACCGAGACCUUAAAUGUUCGAAUAUUUUGCUUGGUGAAGACUAUCAACCGAAACUAUCUGACUUUGGGUUGGCCAAAGUAGGACCAAGUGGGGAUAAAACCCAUGUCUCCACAAGGUUUGGAGUCGUCCUUCUCGAGCUUAUCACCGGAAGGAAAGCAAUUGACAAUACAAAAACGCGUAAAGAUCAAAAUUUGGUUGGAUGGGCACGACCGUUGUUCAAAGACAGGAGGAACUUCCCGAAAAUGGUUGAUCCAUUGCUUCAGGGACAAUACCCGGUUAGAGGACUUUACCAAGCACUAGCAAUUUCAGCAAUGUGCGUUCAAGAGCAGCCGAGUAUGAGACCAGUGGAGGACGCAAAACUCGCGGAGAGGGAUUUUUCCGGUAUCGGAGUACUGGAUCCACGCAAUUCCGGUGAUCGUUUUUCUCUGUUUCUUCACCCUCUGGAUUUUCUCACACUCAGCGUCAUGAACGAUGGAGAGAUAAUGUCGAUACAUCGUCUCGAGAAAUCCAUGGCUGUGAGAAACGAGUCUCAUGUCAGUUUAGCGAUUCUUGCUUCCUCUGCUGUUUCACCAGCCUCAGGUCUCGUCGUCUCUACCAAUCAGAAUCUGAAAACUCCUCACAACGCAACCCAAUCGCAGCAAAACGCAACCCAAUCUCACAACGCAACCCAAUCGGUGAACAAAGCGAAGCAGCCACACGCCGUCUGAUCUCUGACCGGAGAAAAGUUUCUUCACGAUGCGAAGCUUCCUUCAGUUUCUUACUGAUUUCUUUCAUGAACAGAUAUUUUUAGGGAUUGAGAUUUUUUCUUUGUAUAAGAGUGUAUUGGUGAGUUCAGAUUGAAACAAUAGUUUUGCAUUGAGGAUUGAAAAUUGUUUGUGAACAAUACACAGAAUGUUUCCAA